AUCUACGUGGGGAAUCUGCCCCCCGACAUCCGCACCAAGGACGUGGAGGACGUGUUCUACAAGUACGGCACCAUUCGGGACAUCGACCUGAAGAACCGGAGAGGGGGCCCGCCGUUCGCCUUCAUUGAGUUCGAGGACCCGAGGUGAGUGCGGAGCUAGCACACCGUUAUGCUUUUGAGGCCGGGGGCAGCGCCAUUUGUGCGGCUGAGCGGCGGCUGCGCUAACACGUUAGGGCUCGGACUAUUCCCUGGAUUCCUCCUGCACCUCGCAACCAUAGCGAAUUCAAUGGAGCAAAAUUAGCUAAUUGACAUGCACGUCUGCACCGGGGAUUAGGACGUGAGAUGAAGCUAGUCUCCAACAUGACUGACUCCAUCCGUGCCAGCGUUGUCUCCCCCGUGUCAGUGCUGCACUCCCGAGGCGUGUUAAUGUACAAAAUGUACUGUUUUACGACCAGGGACGCAGAUGACGCGGUCUACGGACGCGAUGGUUAUGACUACGACGGCUACAGACUGCGAGUGGAGUUCCCUCGGAGCGGCCGGGGCUCCCGAGGCGGGUUUGGAGGGAUCGGCGGAGCCCCGAGAGGCAGAUACGGGCCCCCGUCCAGACGCUCCGAGUACAGGGUCAUCGUGUCAGGGCUCCCACAGAGCGGCAGCUGGCAGGACCUGAAGGACCACAUGCGCGAGGCUGGUGACGUGUGCUACGCUGAUGUUUUCAGAGACGGAACCGGGGUUGUAGAAUUUGUGCGCAAAGAGGACAUGACCUAUGCCGUUCGAAAGCUGGACAACACCAAAUUCCGCUCGCAUGAGGGAGAGACUGCUUACAUUCGUGUGAAAUUAGACGGUCCCCGCAGCCCAAGUUACGGAAGAUCACGCUCCCGCAGUCGUGGCAGCCGGAGCAGAAGCCGCAGUCGCAGCGCCAGCCGCAGUCGCAGCAAUUCCCGUGGCCGAGGCAGAGGAUCGCCCCGCUACUCGCCUCGUCACAGCCGCUCUCGCUCCCGUUCCUAAACCUUUCUACCACUGAUGUUUUGCCCUUUUGAUGUGUACCCCCCUUCCCCCUCCCUCUGUUUUUACCUUUUUAUGAGUUUCUCCAGAUGUCAGCUAUUGAUUUCAAAUUUUUCCAUUUCAUGUCCCGAUGUCCUUGUGGAUGAUCUUGGUAUGUAGAUGUGCCCCCUCCUCUCCGCCCCCUCCCCGCUCCUCUCCCUCUCCGGCUGCUUCCUCCUCCUGUUCUCUCCCCCCCUCUCUCUCUCUCUCCUUUCUGUCCUCUCAAUUUUUGCAACAUUAGAAAUUGUGCUGUGUUGAACUUCCAAAAACGUUGAGUUAUAGACUGAACUCAAUGUUUUUGCAAGAAUUGAAAAUUGAGUUCUUUUUUUUACUCGUCUCAUGGAUAUGUGGGGUGGGCUGUUUGGAUGGGAAGCCCGAUACUUAACUGUAUUUUACCCUUGUGUCUUCCUUUAGACAUCUGAAGAGAAGGAUUAAAGUGAUUUGGAAUAAAACCAUUGUGGAGCACAUUUCAUUUGUAUGGUCAGGAUAGGACAUCUAAUUGAGGAGCAAUCAGGUCGAGGCAAUGGUACGCUUCAUAUUCCAUAAAUUGAACGUUUUGAGUGGUUGCCAUGUCAUGCAUGUCAUAUUUAACAAAGCCAUAUGUGCUGUACUUUGUUAUACAUAUAUAUAUGAAGUUUUUAACAUGCGACUCUGGGCUGUGACAGAAUAAACAGUCGUAGAUCAAGUGUUGUGAUGUAAGUGUAACAUCUUUUGCUUUCAAGUGUAAAAAUCUGAAUCACUUCUCUGUCGCAACAAAGUGUCCCAAUUCUAACUUAAAUGUCCUCAACUGUUUUAACUUCAGGGAGUGAUAGUUAUUGUGGCAAUUCUCUUUUCUUUUCCUUUCUUUUUCUUGAUCUGACAUGAGUGCUCAACAUGGAAAAAAAAAUUAGGCCCAAAAACCUUGACAUUUUAUUCUAACGGUCUGCCUCUGAUUUUCUUCCUGGUAUUUCAAGGUUUUGAUUGGAGGAGUGGCUCAGUGGAUCCCAAUCCUUGGAGCUGGAUGAGUGGAUCGAUUAGGGAAGGGAUAGGCAAGGAUGGAUGCUCGGAACGGGAUCAGUUUUUCCAGGAGUCAAAUGAGAGUUGAAUUCAGAACUAAAUAACGCGGAGUCCCAGAGCAACUUUUUUUCUAUUAGGCCCUCCCCCUGCCUAUCUUUAAAGUUUUUCAGUGAUAAUCGCUUUAUUUGACAAGAAAACGAAACUGAGGACCAGGAAGUUGGAUCAAAGGAUGGAAUCGUAGAUGCCUGGUAUGAAGGAAUUAAUUAAAAAUUGGGGCGGCUGGGAAGGGGUUUCAUUUGGGAGUAGUUUGUAUGUUUUGUUUUUUGCUUAAUCUUACUUUUUUUUUCUCUCAGCAUUUUCAAUAAAAACACUUCAAAACAA